AUGGCUAAACCAAAAGAUACGUCUGUGUGCCAAUUAUGUAUACAGAAUCCUCUAGACGAAUCAGAUGCUAUCUCUUGGAUCAGAUGUGAUAUUUGCAGACAAUGGCUUCAUACCAUUUGUGCCAAUAUUCCCACCUCCCAACUAGGAAAGAUAGCAUCGUACCACUGUGCUGAAUGUGAGGCUGACCAUGGACCUUCGCAUUUGAAACGCCAACUGAAGCGUGCUAGGGUCAAGAUUGACUACGUUGCACUUGAUCAGGGUGAAGUGUUUGCUGUGGACAAGUCUGAACAUCCUCAUGUGUCAACUUUUCUAGCUUUCGAGCCUGAGGCUGAUAGAAGCAAGAAACUGUCUUAUAUAGACAUUGUGAGUGCAGAGGAGCUCACCAAACAUUAUGUGUUGAGCACAGAAUUGCCCAAACCAGUGUUAGUUCCCAAUGUUGACAAUGGAGAGAGUGGAAUGGAGCUACCGUGUGCUCGAGAGAAUAUAACGGUGGCCUACAUCACUGAGAAGACCGGAAACAACGAGCCAGUGGAAGUCAUGGAUGUGUUGUCACAGCAGAGUGAAUCGCCUGGUUGGAAUUUGGGUCAAUGGAGAAAAUACUUCUAUACCGAUGCUCUGGAUCGAGACAGAAUACGAAAUGUAAUUUCCCUUGAGGUAUCUGAGGUGGAGGAUCUAGGCAAGUCGUUCUUGCGACCGGAAAUGGUUCGCCAAAUGGAUCUCGUAGAUAAGGUGUGGUGUGAUAGUGAUGGAAAUAAUCAAAAACGUCCAAAAGUGACAGUCUAUUGUCUAAUGUCCGUGGCAGGAUCAUACACGGACUUCCACAUUGACUUUUCCGGAACGCCAGUAUACUACACGGUCUGUCUGGGAACAAAGACUUUUCUCAUGUACCCACCAACCGAAGAUAAUCUUCUACUAUUUAAGUUAUGGUGUCAGGAGCCACAGCAGAAUUUCAUGUGGUUCGGAGACUAUUCGAAGCGAAUCCGUGGAAAGAAGAUGAAGCCUUCCAAUGGGUUCAGGGUCAAUCUACAUAAAGGAGAUCUUUUUAUUAUUCCUAGUGGCUGGAUCCACUCUGUGCAUACGCCAAAGGAUGCUGUAAUUAUUGGGGGAAAUUACCUUACUCUCAGAGAUGUGCCUAUGCAUUUGAAGAUUUACAACAUCGAGAAGGAGACCAGAGUACCUGCCAAAUACCGUUUUCCAAUGUUCAAUAAAGUUCUUUGGCUCACUAGUUGGUAUUAUUUCAAUCACAAGGACGAAUUUUUGGCCGAUACUGGACUCAAUCUGGGCAAACAAGAAACUACCCAAUAUCUGGACAAUCAAGAAAGCAAUCAAUAUCUGGUCAUCCCAGGUGUAAAGCAGGAAUACGCUAUCAAAACUGAGCACGAAACCAUUUAUCCCGCUCAAGAAAUUAAUGACGAUACUAAGAAGCUAGAGUCAACUUCUGAUAACGACAAGAGACGAAUGAUUUUGGAGUCCAUGAUCGCGCACUUAAAAGAACACUACGAAACCAGCAAAACGAAGCCAGUUGCAAGGAAAAGUAUUCCUUUUGCCUUGAUCGGCAAAAACAUACCUGAAUAUUUGGAAAAGUUGGAGAAUUGGGCAAAAGAAUACCAAACUAUAUAG